CUUUCUGAAUUUCCUGACUACAAAAAGUCUGUCAGACGUCUGUGUGAGUCUCAGCAGGGGAACGGGGAAUAUCUCCAGCCAGCUUCACAAAGGGAAAACUGGGGGCCUCGUUAUUCACCAGGACAGGUCAGUUUGUAAAUUCCGAACAGCGACUACUGAAGAUUACCAUGGGUAGUUUCGGUUUUGAAUGCACCGUGAAAGAGGAUAUAAAGAAAAGACGAGGUUGUCAGAAAAAGGAGGGUGAGCAUGUCUGCUGUGUCACGGUGCACACACACAUGCCGAUGGAGGAACAGCACAGCUCCAACCAAAGCAACAGCAACUUACUUGCAAACAACCAAACAGAUGCACCUCCUGUGCUCAUAAUCGGGCUUUCAAAAACACCCAAGAAGAACAAGAAGUCAGACAAGAAGGCAAAAAAGAAAUUCCCCAAUAAAGUGAAGAGACCCCCGCCUCCGCCGAACUGUGUGCCUCUGUGGGCGAGCUGCAAGAGCCCAAACGCGGUGUGCUGCGAUCAGUGCGCUUUCUGCCACUGCCGCCUCUUCAAAACCGUCUGCUACUGCCGCAUGGGAUACCCUAAAUGCUGAGGAGAACCACCAGACUCACCCCGUCCUGUUUAUGGAGCCCUGCGGGAUUAUCACCGGCGAUAAUCUCUCGCCCUGCAUCAUUAUUUUCAUACCCGCGGUCAGAUUUUCUCGGGAGUUUUUCCCUGACCAGAUAAACCUGAGGCGCACGGCGGGAAAACACAUGCAGAGACACCUGGGUACUUUAAAUCACCUUAUGAUUAUUACUUAUAUUAUGGGUAAUAUUAUGGGAAGAAUAUUCAUGUUUAUACGGAGACUUUCUUUGGUUGUAUGCACUUUAUGGAGAUAAGUUAAAAGCAUUUGCUCUCCUGUUUGAGCUGCUAUACACGAGAACAGAGAGCUGUGUGUUUAUAAAUCAGUGACGACAAUUGCCGCCAAAAA